UCUGGCCCGGCCAGGUGCCGCCCGGUCCCGCUCGGCGCCGCUCAGCCUGCAGUCUGGCUCCACUUGGCUCGUUCGAGGCAGAGCGGAGCAGGAGAGCAGAGGGUAGCGGAACCGGCAAGGAGGGCGGGCCCGGACGCCGACGCCGGUGCUGCCCUGACCGCUCUCCUCUGCGGCCCGACUGCCACUCCGCCCGUGGGCUGCGUGGGACACUGGACUGACCAGGUCAGUCCAGAAGAUCUCGCGACGAGCCCACCAGGAAGAAGUGACCGGCUCCUUCCCGCCUCUCACUGACGGGAAGCUGAGGCACGGGGCGGGCGAGCCGGCCGAGGCCCACGGCGCGCAGGUAGCAGAGCUGGCUGCCGAGAGGGCCGCCGGGCGCGCAGGCAGGGUGAGGCUCCGCUUGUUGCCUUUAAACGCUCGCGGCAGCUACGCGAGGGACUCUCUUCCAGACGGAGACGGGGCCCAACCCAGUCACUGACAGGACCCGCCGGGGGCGCCCCCGCCCCCGCCCCUUACACCCGCUGGGGCCCAGAUUCGCGCGGCGGUUCUUGGACGGCGGAAGCGAGUCCGCGCCCCUUCCGGCGGUCCGCUGCUCGGCGACUCCCGCACUCGCGCAGGCUGCGUUCCGGGCUCCCGGGAGCCCGCCGCGCCCCGGCCUCCGCCCCCUCCCGUCGCCACCUCCCUGCCCGGCGCCAUGGCCACUGCAGCCGGGGACGGCACGGUGAAACCACUGCAGAGCGCCAUGAAGUUGGCCAACGGGGCCAUCGAGCUGGACACCGGCAACCGGCCUCGGGAGGCAUACAUGGAAUACCUGAGGAGCAUCCACUACAUUUCCCAGGUGUUGCUGGAAGAAGUGGAGAUGACUAAAGAAGCUGGGGAAACUAUGCCCCCUGACACCUCAAAGAUGCUGAAGCUGGCGGAGCAGUGUCUGGAGAGGGCCCAGUCGACAGCUGCCAAGCUUGGAAAAACAUGCCUGAAGCCAGCCAUGCCCAUGGCUGCUCCAGUCCCCUCACCUACCAGCCGACACCGCCGGGUAUAUUCAGAUGAAGGAGGGAAGCUCUCUCCUUUUCUGCCACCUGAGAUCUUCCAGAAGCUUCAGGUGGUAGAGUCACAAUGCUCUAAGAAAGAAUUGACACCACUGGAGGAGGCCUCCCUGCAGAACCAGAAGCUGAAGGCUGCAUAUGAGGCCCGGAUGGCCCGUCUGGACCCAAGCCAGGCCAUGCAGAAGACAUCCCUAACCCUGUCUUUGCAGAGGCAGGUGAUGGAGAACCUGGUGAUCGCCAAAGCCCGGGAGGAGACAGCAUCCUUUCUGGCCGUCCUGCUCCAGCGGAAGAUGGAGGAGCGUCGGCUGCGGCUCCAAGAGGCUGCCAACAGGAGGUUCUGCAGUCAGGUCGCUCUGACUCCGGAGGAGCGGGAGCAGCGGGCCCUCUAUGCGGCCAUCCUGGAGUACGAACAAGACCACGACUGGCCAAAGCACUGGAGGGCCAAGCUCAAGAGAAGCCCAGGGGACCUGUCGCUGGUGACUAGCCUGGUCUCGCACCUCCUCAGACUUCCAGAUCACCCAAUCUCACAGCUCCUGAAGAAGCUCCAGUGUGCUGUGUAUAGCACGCUGUACCCUGUUGUGAGCAGGGCCUCUGCCAGCACUGCGUCUGCCCCAGGCUGCUGCUCCCUGCCCCCUGACACUGACCGGCUGCUGGCUCCCGGAAGCCGCAAGCUCCGGUCCUCACAGAGCCUGUACUGUGUGCUAUCCCCCUCAGAGGCCAGCACAACUCUUCAGCCCCAGAACAGCUGCUCUGCAGCCCCCACUACACCCCCUCUAUACCCUGACCCCCUGGACAGAGGAACAGAAGGCAGCCCCGGGGGACCACAUUCACCCCUGGUGGAUGCCUCUUCCUAUCUGCCAGACAAAGACAGCUCCUUUGAGGACCUGGAACAAUUUUUGGCUACGUCUGAGAGGUGGGGCCAGGGCCUUGGGGGGCAGCCUGAGCCAAGCAAGAUCCCAGGGCUACAGCAGGAUCCCCUGCUGGAGCAGCUGAAGAGUGCUGUGAAGGACAUACACAAUGCCAUCGACAGGCUGCUUUCCCUCACACUCCUGGCCUUCGAGAGCCUGAAUACAGCUGCCUCCAAGGACCGCUGCUUGGCAUGCAUCGAGGAGCCCUUCUUCUCCCCACUAUGGCCUCUGUUGUUGGCCGUGUACAGGAGUAUACACCACACACGGGAGGCUGCCCUGGGCAGGAUCAUGGAGCUCUACAGGAAUGCUCCCCCCACAGCUGUUGGCAUCCCCACCAAGCUGCUCCCACAGGACGCUGAGGCUAAAGGAGCCACCUCCUACCCAUACUGUGCCGCUACCCAGGAGCUGGGUCUCCUGGUGCUGGAGAGUUGCCCUCAAAGGAAGCUGGAAUGCAUUGUGCGGGCCCUGCGGAUCAUCUGUGUCUGUGCAGAAGACUACUGCCAUGCUCAGGAGGCCACCCCAGAGACCGGACCCCACCUUAUGGCUGCAGCUGCCAUUGGUGCUGACGACCUGCUCCCCAUCCUGUCCUUCGUUGUGCUGAAGAGCGGCCUUCCCCAGCUGGUGUCGGAGUGUGCAGCCCUGGAAGAGUUCAUCCAUGAGGGGUACCUGAUUGGAGAGGAAGGUUACUGCCUCACAUCGUUGCAGAGUGCCCUCAGCUACGUGGAGCUGCUGCCCCGGGGGGCCCUGAGCAAGUAGCAGAGGCUGAACCCAGGCUUCCAGGACCACAGGACCCACUGAAGACAGUCUGGAAAUUCACACUGCCCUGCAUACCUGGCACUGGGCCUGGAGAGCACAUCAGCUCUCCAGCCCUUAUCCCUUCAUCACCCCUCAUCUGCCCCAAGGAGUAUGUGUGGCACCUCUACUCCCAGGAAAGGCUGAGAGGCCCCAUCAAGGGGACCUGAGCUGAGAGAUCCCUGGGCCUCAGCGCACUCUCAUAGACACUCAGGCAGCUCCUGGGGGCCAUUAGAGCAAAGAGGCGGCUGCUAGCCAGCCCACAGCAGCAGCAGCAUCUGGUUUCUCUCCGGUCAGGUCCCAUCUCCUGUGGUCCCAUCCUCUAUGACCGUUAAAGCUCCUCUGAGCCAGCUUCUUGUCUGAGUUAAGACAAGACUCUACUUGACUUCAGAAGUCUGGGGCACAGGUGGUGUGAGACUGCUGUUCACCCACUGGGCAGGUACUGUUCUGGUGCCCAGUGGGCCAGCCAUUUGGGGCCCUGAGCUGCCCCUCAUUCAUCAUGGCAGGUAGGCAGAGAACAUUCUGGGAUUCCCAGACAACCCCACCCUGUAUGUCCUCUCCUAGGUCAGUGUGAACUGAGGCUCAGUGCCUGUUACAUGCCCACUGAUGGUCACCAACCCAGCCUGAAAUAAAGAGGUCAUUGCUAUCUCA